AGGAGCCUUUCCCCUCGCCCAUAAUCCCACUUUAGGCAUCGUCUUUUAAGUCCAUGUGAACGGUAAACAUCGUUAGAUGUACCUGUAUAAAAAUGUCAGAUGAAACAAAGACGGUUCUUAAGGAAGCUCGCGAAGCUUUUAAAGAGAGCAGAUAUGUGGACGUAAUGAAGAAAUGUAAAAAGAUAUUGAAGAAAGAUCAGAACAAUUAUAGCGCGAUGGUACUGUUAGCUGCUGCGAUGAAAGAGGUCGAGGAAUACAAAUCGCAAGUGCCAGUAAUUCUUCAAAGGGCUAUACAAAUUCAAGAAAAUAAUCCGUUAGCCUGGCAAGGCUUGACUUUUUAUUAUGAGAAGAAUCUGGAGAGCGAUCAUGAUUUUUACAAUAAAUUGAUAUUAGCUUAUUGUAAACUUUUACAUCUGGGAAGCGAGACGAAAUUUACAUACAUUUUGAACAGAAUCUCCGAGCUUUGUUUGCAACUUAAGGACGUUGCAGUUUUACUCGAAUGCAUUGAACAAUUGAUCGAUUUACGAGAGAAGUUGGACGAUGAUAGAGUCAAAAUAGUCAAUAGAACUCUUGUAUUCAUACUAAUAGACAAUUUUACUCGUACAGACAAAUAUCAAGAUUUAUUGGAGACCUUUGUUCACUCUGCGAAUAAUCUCGGUUUUAAUCCAACCAGUCUCCAAAAUUUUUAUAGAAAAUAUUUAAAGAUAUUGUGUGAUAAAGAUGACUUGGAUGUUUUAAUUAGAGAAGCUGUAAAUAUUCAUGGACAAUUUCCACAAGACACAGUGUCAUUGGAACAUAUAUGUUAUGCUUACUGUAAACAAAGCAUAUUGGAUCAGACUCUCACAGACAUCGAUAUAGCUCGAUUUUACGAUUCCCUUUUGAAACUGAAUAAAGAAUGUGACAUUGCCGCAGUCGCGAAAGCGUUGCACUUGAAGAACUCGGGCGAUCUGGUAAGAGCGCGAGAGACACUGAAAGAUACGCUCACGUUAAAACCAAAAUCGUUGUACGGUUGGAUGGCAUUGAGCGAAAUAAGUGGGAAACUGUAUUGUUGGGAAGAUGUGGAAAUCAGCUCCAAGCGAGCAUUAGAGAUUAGGGAGAAUAAAACAAAGGACAAACUGUGGUACAAGAUGGAAUUCCUGUUGAUCGAGGCGAUGAGUAGAAGCAGCGAUCGUUCAAAAUGGGAGUCUGCUUUGCACAUGUGUGAACAACACUUGGAGACGCAGCCAUCGGCAGAAUUGGAACUGAUCCGGGCGCGUAUCAAAAUAUUAUUAAAUCAAUCAUACGCUAUAUCUGAUGCGUUAAAUGCUUUGGAAUCGCAGCGUGAGACUAUUGUCCAGGCGAAUAUCCUGCGAGCGUUGUAUUUAAAACAAAAUAAACAAUUCGACGAAGCGAUCAACGUCCUCGAUUCAGCUUUGGAGUCCUCCGAGGCAUGGUUACUACUUGGUACAAUUUAUUGGGAAAUGACAGAAUAUAAUUAUAGUUUAAUGGCUUUCUUAAACGGGAUCAAAGCUGAUCGUUAUAAUUGGAAAUGUCUAGUUUAUUUAGGACAUUAUUAUAGCAAAUAUGGUAAUGAUAUGGAACGUUCCAGAAGAUGUUACCAAACCGCGCUACAAAUCAAUCCAAACUCGGAAGAGGCCGGUAUUGGUUUGAGCACAGCGUACAGAGUUCUUAAGAACCAAGACGCCAACAUAAAAUUGUUACAAACAUUAACCGCGCAGGACAGAGGUCCCAAAUGGGCAUGGUUGCAACUGGGCUUGCAGUAUCUCGACCAAGAUAACGCGGUACAAGCGAUCAAGGCGUUCCAACACGUCAUCAGAGCUGAUCCCAAUGACAAUCACUGUUGGGAGUCUUUGGCGGACGCAUAUUUGGUUCGUGGCGCGCAUAUAUCGGCAUUGAAAUCUUAUCAACGAGUAUUAGAAUUAUGCCCGAAUUCAUUGUAUCCGAUGAUACAACUGGCAAACAUAAAACUGAUCGUCGGCCAAUACGAUGAAGCGAAAAAGGACUUUGAAAGCAUAUUGUCAACCGAGCCUGGAUACAUCCCCGCCUUGAAAGGAUUAGCUGAAACGUGUUUGGCGUUGGCGAAAGUGUACACUAACAGGAAACUCUUGGGACGAGCCAACGACUAUUUACAGCAAGCGAUAAACAGUUUAACGGCGGCUAUUAAAGAACGUAAAGAUAUAUCCUGUAUUUGGAAAUUACUCGGCGACGUGUGUUACAGAGGCGCGACGCUGCCAGAGAAAUACAGUCACCUGAAUGUGUCGUCUACUCUGAUAAAAUACAAAGACACCGAAAGUAUCGCGUUGCUCAAAAGACAAGACAUGUUUUCACUGGCCACGAGGUUUUAUUGUUGCGCGCUGUCUCUCUCCCCGCAAUCGGCUUUACUCUGGCACGAUUUGGCUCUGUGUUAUCUGAUACAGCUACGACAUCGGCCGGCGAACGAGAAGAAUCUGGCUGGUAAAUGUCUGGCCGCUGUGAAGCACGCGGUCAAAUUAAAUCCCUCGGCAUGGUCGCACUGGAACCUUCUGGGUGUCAUCUGUAUGUCACCUUGUAUAAAAAACUAUGCGUUAGCGCAACACGCUUACAUCAUGGCGAUCGAUAGAGAAUUGAACAACGCCGUGGUCUGGUCCAACUUGGGAACUUUGUAUCUGAAUAUAGGAAAAUGGAAGAAAGCGAACGAGGCGUACUCUCAAGCUCAACGCGCGUAUCCGGCGUACGUGAACAGUUGGGUAGGGCAAGCGUUCAUAGCCGAGAUGAUAUCUCGAAAAGAGGCGAUGGAUUUGUUCAGACACGCGAUGCAAUUAGGAUAUCAUGACCAGGCGGCCAUAGGGUAUGCUCAUUGGGUGUUGAAUACGAUUUUGCACGUUCGUGGCAACAUGGAAGCUUUGGACGUCUAUAUAAUUGAAAAUAUGCACGCUGUAAUGGUCGCUGCCGAUGCUAUGACAUGGUACAUAGAACACCAUCCGGAUGAUCGUUGCGCUCGAAACGCGUAUGGAUUGCUGUUAGAAAGGCAGAGACUCCACAGAUCAGCUGCGGAGCAAUUCGCGGCCGCUGUGUGUAACAGUAAUAAGGAGGCGAACGACUUGGUAUGCGUAAACUUGGCGCGUGUACUGAUACGACUAAAGAAAUAUAACGAAGCUAUAAAAUUAUGUCAAGCAGUUACGAAUGCCACAUACAAUUCUCAGUGCCACUUGGCAUUAGCGCUGUUCAAAGCUGAAAAAUAUGAAGAAUCGUACAGUACGUAUGAAACCGCGCUGCAUUCGUUCGCGAAUACUGAAACCGAGAGGGCUUACACACUGUGCGCGAUGGCUGCGAUAGCGCAUACGUUUGAGAGAGUGAACGAUGCGAAAACUUUGCUUUUCCAAUGCAUACAAAUACAACCUCCGGUUAUAAUAGGUUUACUGUCAGCUGCAUCGUUAGGAAUAUUGCACGGGGACGUAAAUCUAGCUACAUUGAUACUGAAAGAAUUAAAGUCGUACGAGAAUCAUCCUGAACACGGUCAUCACGUUGUCAAUUUAUCUGCAUACUUUUAUCUGAUUGGAAAUAACAUUAAAACUGCGAUUGCUGUACUCUCAAAAGCAAUUUUCAUGUAUCCUGGUGACGUAAAAUAUUGGAUACGAUUACUUAGAAUUUUACUAGAGACGGACAUGGAAAUGUUUAAUAAAUGUGCACGGAAGACGUUGUUCCUUAGCAGAAGCGUAGCUAGUGAAAAUGUUGCCCAUGUGGCGUGUGCAUUGUCGCUCAGUAACUUUAUGCAAAAUUAUUCCUACACGACGUGCGUCAGAUCCGUGCAGAAACUUCUAUUCACUUAUCCUGGUGAUAUCGAAAGUUGGAUUACAUUCAUAGCUGCGUUCCUAUCAAGGUCCCGAAACGAAAGCAGUCAUUUUAACAGUAAGUGGCUUCUGAAGCUUAUUACUAUCACGCAACGGAAUCACCAGCCCACGAAUGAAAUGGCUAGAUGGUUACACAGCAGCAAGACGAAAUUGGAACUCCUACAUUAAAUAAUAAAACGUGAAAUCCGAAUAGACUAAAGACAGUAUGUUGGAAAGUUAUUUCUUUCCAAUCCUAGAUUAGUAAUUUUAUAUGAAUAAAUACAAAAAUUAUACAAAUUAUGUAAAAUAAUCGAUUACUACGGAAACAAUAA